AUGAGUUCGAGUUCCAACCAGCAGCCCCCUGCGUUCUGGGAAACGGCCGGCGCACUGGAGUGUUCACAAGACUACUUUUUCCACACAUUCAAGUCUUCCGAAGAGGUGCUCAAAAGCCUGGGACCGGGGUCGCCAGACGAGCGCGGCGAGGUUGACGAUCUCGAUACGCCCGGUGCACUGAGGCCCUACACAGAUGGGCAUCCGAACGAUACAGAAAAGCCAUGGCCGUGGCCGACGCUAGCCAUAGAGGAUGCCAAAACGGACAUAGACGGGAGCACGCUCCCGAGUACCGGCUCCAGCAGGAGUACGAGUACGAGCACCUUCGCGAGUACUCCCGUGCUGUUCACUCCGGAAGAACACGCCUCGCUGCUACAAUCGGUCUCAAGCGUCACCACACCCUCUGAACCGUGUGCGCCGAAUCUCAAGCGCUACUGGUCCGCGGACGACGUUCAACACCACUCCCACCCGUGUCGCGUCACCUGCAAGCAUCCGGCACGGCUACCACGUGCGCGUUCCCAGCUAAAGUACGUUUGCCCGGAGUGUGGGAAGGUCUUCCAGAGGCCUUCCUCACUCGCUACUCACAUCAACAUUCACACUGGCGAAAAACCGUUUCAGUGUCCAUUUCAAGGCUGCAGGCGUCACUUUAACGCGCGAUCAAACAUGGUCCGUCAUUACAGACUGCAUUUCAAAAAUGGCGACCCAAACUCCACACCUCCAGGACUCGGCGACAUUGGCGGAGCUGAACAAGCAGCAACGCCGCUUUCAGCGCUGAGGAGGUAA